CCCGUACUGGUACGGUCACGGCGCCUCUGAUCUAAAGACUAAACUAAGCCAAGUGGACUGGAACAAGGUCAAGGACAAGCCUAAGGUUCAUCCAAUAGGAGGUCACUAUGGAAAAUGGGCCUGUUAUCGUUCUUCAGACGAUUGAGGAAAGUAUCUCGUAAGCAGAGUUUUCGGGUUCUCCUUCUUGGUCUUGAUAAUGCUGGCAAGACAACCAUCGCCAAGAGCCUUUGCCAUGAAGAGAUCACAGAUGUCAAUGCUACUCUGGGUUUCAACAUUAAAAAAAUGAAUGCAGAAGGGGUAGAACUUAAACUUUGGGAUGUUGGAGGACAAAGACGGUUGCGUCAAUACUGGGAGAAUUACUUUGAUGAUACAGAUCUCUUGAUAUAUGUAAUUGAUAGUUCUGAUACUAAAAGAUUGGAAGAAACAGGAGAGGAGCUAGCCCACCUUCUGGAAGAAGAGAAGCUAAAUGGAGUUCCGUUGUUGGUGUUUGCAAAUAAGCAGGAUCUAGUUGGAGCAGCUCCUGCUGUAGAGAUUACAGAAGGUCUAAACCUUCAUACUAUCAGAGAUAGAGUUUGGCAGAUGCAAGCUUGUUCAGCCAUCACUAACGAGGGUAUUGAGGAUGGAAUACAAUGGCUAGUGAAGGAGGUUAAGAAGUGAUUUGAGGAUGAGCCAUUAAGGUACUCUGUGAUGACACCCCAUUUUACCAUCCAAACCAUCUGUAUUUUUCAAGACACCCCUUGCUACCAUUCAAAACUGUAUUCUGUGCUAGCACCCCAUGUUACCAUCCAAACCAUGUAGGUAUUCUGUGAUGACACCCCAUGUUACCAUCCAAACCAUCUAGGUAUUCUGUGAUAACACCCAAUGUUACCAUCCAAACCAUCUAGGUAUUCUGUGAUAACACCCCAUGUUACCAUUCAAACCAUGUAAUGUAGGUUUUCUUUGAUGACACCCCAUGUUACCAUCCAAACCAUGUAGGUAUUCUGCGAUGACACCCCAUGUUACCAUUCAAAACCAUCUAGGUAUUCUGUGAUAACACCCCAUGUUACCAUCUAAACCAUGUAAUGUAGGUUUUCUUUGAUGACACCCCAUGUUACCAUCCAAACCAUGUAGGUAUUCUGCGAUGACACCCCAUGUUACCAUUCAAACCCUCUAGGUAUUCUGUGAUGACAUCCCAUGUUACCAUCCAAACCAUCUAGGUAUUCUGCGAUGACACCCCAUGUUACCAUUCAAACCCUCUAGGUAUUCUGUGAUGACACCCCAUUUUACCAUCCAAACCAUCUGUAUUUUUCAAGACACCCCUUGCUACCAUUCAAAACUGUAUUCUGUGCUAGCACCCCAUGUUACCAUCCAAACCAUGUAAUGUAGGUUUUCUUUGAUGACACCCCAUGUUACCAUUCAAAACCAUCUAGGUAUUCUGUGAUAACACCCCAUGCAUCCAAACCAUCUAGGUAUUCUUUGAUGACACCCCAUGUUACCAUUCAAAACCAUCUAGGUAUUCUUUGAUGACACCCCAUGUUACCAUCCAAACCAUCUAGGUAUUCUUUGAUGACACCCCAUGUUACCAUCCAAACCAUCUAGGUAUUCUUUGAUGACACCCCAUGUUACCAUCCAAACCAUCUAGGUAUUCUUUGUUGACACCCCAUGUUACCAUUCAAAACCAUCUAGGUAUUCUGUGAUAACACCCCAUGCAUCCAAACCAUCUAGGUAUUCUUUGAUGACACCCCAUGCAUCCAAACCAUCUAGGUAUUCUGUGAUGACACCCCAUGUUACCAUUCAAAACCAUCUAGGUAUUCUUUGAUGACACCCCAUGUUACCAUCCAAACCAUCUAGGUAUUCUUUGAUGACACCCCAUGUUACCAUCCAAACCAUCUAGGUAUUCUUUGUUGAUACCCCAUGUUACCAUUCAAAACCAUCUAGGUAUUCUUUGAUGACACCCCAUGUUACCAUCCAAACCAUCUAGGUAUUCUUUGAUGACACCCCAUGCAUCCAAACCAUCUAGGUAUUCUUUGAUGACACCCCAUGCAUCCAAACCAUCUAGGUAUUCUUUGAUGACACCCCAUGUUACCAUUCAAAACCAUCUAGGUAUUCUUUGAUGACACCCCAUGUUACCAUCCAAACCAUCUAGGUAUUCUUUGUUGACACCCCAUGUUACCAUCCAAACCAUCUAGGUAUUUUUAAUGACACCCAUGUUACCAUCCAAAACCAUCUAGGUAUUAAUAAUAAUUAGACCAUUUAUAUAGCGCAGUCACUAUAUAAAUAUACUCUACUGCGCUGUAGUGUGACAGAGCUCCCAACAAUGCUACUGCUCAAACAAAUUAAACAAUUAUGCAUAUAAUACAAUUAACCAAGAACCUUUGAAAAAAGAUGGGUCUUCAAUAAAUGUUUGAAGAUGUUAACAGAUGGUGCUUUUUCGUAUUUCCAGGGGUAAUUUGUUCCAAAGCUUUGGAGCAGCACAACUGAAAGCACGAUCCCCAAGAGUUAUUUUUGUUCUCAAGUGAGGUAGCUUUAGAAGCAGCUUAUCCUGUGUAUUCUGUGAUGACACCCCAUGUUACCAUCACAAAACCUUCAAGGUAUUUUUCGAUGACAUCCCAUGUUACCACUUAAAACCAAGUAUUUUUCAGUGUUUCUGAUUCUCUAAUUUAUAACAAUGCAUUUGGAAGAUCAGAUUCGCAUGACUUUUUUUAUUAUUGUGUGCUUAAAUAAUGAAGUGCUUUGUGCUUAGAAUAUUUACAGCCGUCCAAUGAAUUGCUUUAAUGUGAACAAUUUUUGGGAAACAUUAAGCAGCUGAAAUAUUUUAUAUUAUUGUAUUAUACAUGUACAUUGUUGUAUAUAGUCAAGAGUGUUUUUGUGUAAUGUUAAUAUUUUUCUUCACUGAUUUAAAGAGAGAAUUUUGAAAAUAGCAAAUGUAUUUAUUCAUCAUCUAGAUGUAACAAAUAUCAUAAAACACACAAAAAAAUGUUCAUAAAACAGUGUUUCAAGACAACCCUGUGCAGUUACAUGUAGUAUACAGUGUAUGGUUAUGAACAGUAGAAUGCAGAUUUAAAAAAAUAACAUGCUCUGUGAGAGAAAUGAAAAUGGGAAUCAAAUCUGUUAAAGCUGGUAAUAAAAUUAGUGAAUUGCAGAACACAGUAUUGCAGGAAUUCACUUGCUUCAUUUGUUUUUGCUUUUAAUAUUAGCAAGUCAUUCACGUAGCUUUCAGUGUGAAAAACAUUUGUGAAGUCUUCAUAAGAUUUGAAUAUGGGUCCAAUUAAAAAGGUCCUAUUUUGUAACAAUUUUCACUAGCAUUAUAAUUGCAGUCUACCAGUCUAGGAACCUUGUAAUUGUAUUUUAUUACAUCAGGUUUUUGUGUAUCAUUUGAGUAGGUUUAUCUUGUCAUUAUCCCUUCCCUUUCUCACCCUCAAUCAUGAAACCAUCUACAAUGAGAAGGCUUGCUACUAUUCCACUGGCAGUACACUCUGUGGCUGACCUUAAAGCCAGGCUCACACCUCUUUAAGCUGCAUAUUGCUGUGUUAGCUUACUCAGCCUAACGCAGUAUACUACACUGCAAAAAUAUUAGGUUAUAAUCACACUUUUGCCUAUGUGCUUGUCAGAGCCUGUACAAAGUUGCAUACAGUAAAGGGAGGAGCUACAUGUAUUUCAAGGUAAAUCAAGCAUUAAUGCCUGUGCAAGCCACAUGCUCCUGCUCAUUCUUGUUCUUUCUUGGUUACGUCCAGUUGCGGAUAUUUGUAAAGUUUUCAAACUACCAAGCACAACGCAAGGCUUCUGAGUUAGUCUGCGUAUUUACCUUGUAUUAUCUUGUUUCAUUGCAUUGUGUUGCAUUUGACUGCGUCUGUCUACGUUAUGGCACUCUGUGAAUAAACCCAAGCCCAAAAUGCAAAGGUCUGAACCAGGAGUGCUGUAUGUUGAUUGCAGAAUUUUUUGAAGGCUGUAGAAGAAUGAUCUACUUUUAUUAGGCUUACUACAAAGUCAGUAGCACUGCAUCAUUUAAUAUAAAUUAUGCUAUGAAUGUGCUAAACUUGUGUCUUUCACAGUAUCUUGCCUAUAUUUCACAUUAUUUGUCCAUUAUCAAAUGUGAAGAUUAGCAAUUAUAUUAUGCUUGCUGAAUUCUUGCAGGAAAGACAAGGCUCAGAGUUCUUUGAGGGUGCCUGACUGUCUUACUUAUCAUUAUAUUGAAAAAAAUGAACAUUACAUUGACAAGCAAUAUUGUAGAUGUGCAAAAUAUUUCCUUGCAUAAAAAAUUUAGGUGCUUCAGGUUAAAAAAAAACAUUCCAGGUUAUACAAGAACCAAUGCCUUAUUAAAAAAAUCCUGUAGUCUAUAUACAAUUUGGUAUAAGUGGGGAGCUAUUAUUACUGUUAAUAGUUUUAAGUUCAUGUUGUACUUAUGUACUGUGUGUGUGAUGGUGUGGACAUAUUGAUAGUAGAGAGGUUUUUUUUUCUUUAUUAAUGAAAAGAAUUAUAAAUCAAAUAUUUCAAUGGCAUAAUUACUGGUUGAAACGGAAGUUGAAAGUUACAAGCUUUAAUUUUUGCCUAUUUAAAAUCCAGUAUAACAUCCAGUUAUAUUAACCAGUAUAAAAUCCAGUAAACAGUAAGUGGAGCGUUGUGGCCCAGUGGAUAAGUCUCCGUACUUUGAAACUGGGUUGUGGGUCCAAAUCCCAACCAUGGCAUAGUUUCCUUCAGCAAGUAAUUCAUCCACAUUGUGCUCCACUCAACCCAGGUGAGGUGAAUGGGUACCUGGCAGGAAUUUAUUCCUUGAAAUGCAUUUGCGCUAUAAUCAGUAAUUACAGCUGCCAAGCUACAGCUGGGGUAAUAAUAUCCAAGUCCUUUGGAAGCGCAUAGAGACAUUUUUCAUAAUGUGAUGUGCG